GGGUGUUGUGGAUGCGACUGGAAGGGGCCCGGGGGGCACAUGCUGGGGUGUUGUGGAUGCGACUGGAAGGGGCCCGGGGGGCACAUGCUGGGGUGUCGUGCAUGCGAUUGGAAGGGGCCCGGAGGGUCCAUGCUGGGGUGUUGUGGAUGCGACUGGAAGGGGCCCGGGGGGCACAUGCUGGGGUGUUGUGGAUGCGAUUGGAAGGGGCCCGGAGGGUCCAUGCUGGGGUGUCGUGCAUGCGAUUGGAAGGGGCCCGGAGGGUCCAUGCUGGGGUGUUGU